AUGCCUACCUUGUUCCCCACGCCUCACCACGCCAUCCCAACGCCUCCACGCCAAACCCCGAUGUCUCAUAUGUUUUCCCGCCUUCCACCAUCCCGCAUCCCGCCUCCCACGCCAUCCCCACGCCUCCCGCCUCCACGCCAUCCCCCACGCCUCCCCGCCAUCUCACGCCUCCCACGCCAUCCCCAUGCCUCACCACACCAUCCCCGCCUCCCACGCAUCCCGCCUCCACGCCAUCCCCACGCCUCCCACGCCAUCCCCGCCUCCCGCCAUCCCAUGCCUCACACCAUCCCCACCUCCCACGCCAUCCCACGCCUUCACGCUAUCCUCCACGCCUCCCGCCAUCCCCAUGCCUCACCACGUAAUCCCCCGCCUCCCACGCCAUCCCCCACGCCUCCCACGCCAUCUCACAUCCCCGCCUCCCACGCCAUCCCCACGCCUCCACUAUCCUCCGCCUCCCACGCCAUCCCCAUGCCUCACCCGCCAUCCCCAUGCCUCCCAUCCCCACGCCUCCCACGCCAUCCCCACGCCUCCACCAUCCACACGCCUUCUCUUUGUCGCCCUCCCCAUCCAAACCAACCUUGA